ACCUCCAAAACAAAAGUACUUUUCUUUUACAAUUUUAUGUCUGAGGAGCUCGUUCGUUUGCCUUAAUUUAGAGUUUGUUUAAUUUAAUUUGGGCCGCGUUACAACGUGGAGAAGUAUUUGAUCGACGGGGAUUCCCAGGCAAUCUUUCAAGGUGGUUGGGAAUCUGGAAAGAAGACCAUAGAUCUGGUCAGUGGUCUCAAUACAAAUUUUUAUUGCCUAUGCGAUUAUGGAUGUACUGUCAAACAAUGCUAUUUUGUGAUCUUUUCCAGGUUUUGAUUUCAAGGAGCAUUUAAGCAAUUCAUAGGAUAUGAGUACAAGCACUGUUCUUUGGCAAACAGCUGAUAAAUUGGAUGAGCCUGGCUAUAGUAAUUCAGCAAGUGGUUUUGCUGAGAAACAUGCUGUAUAGUUGAACUUAAUUUGUCAAAAUAGUAGCUUAAGGAAGAACAUAGUGUCAAGUUUUUACGUGGUUUUCUGGACGACAGUGCAGAUGGCAACGACAGUUGCACCUCUUUGCAGUUGGCUUAUUGCUGCAUGCGUUUCCAGGACUGUAUUUGAAGUUUCUGGCAAUGAGCCAAAGGCUACGUCUUCUCCUCUGGGAAGGAGAGCUAAAAGGGGAAUUGGUCGCUCCAGACGGUUGUCAGCAAAUUGCUCAACAGCUCUGCUUUGUAAGGAUCAUGCAGAAAUAGGAGGAAGUUUGAUUGCCCGCUGUGGUUCGAGUCUUCAAGGUUUGGGUUUGUGCUUUUCCUUUGAAGCAUGUCCAGAGUACAAUAAUUUAAAGGGGUCCCAGUUUUUUCCAGACAGCUUCUUUGGGUCCAAGCCUAUAAAUAUUGGUCGAAGACAGCGGAAAUUAAGAGCUACAGGCAGAGUAAUGGCUGUUGCUGUGCAAACUGUAAAGGCUGCAGCAGAGAAGAAAAUUAUUACUAAGCAAAGAAGGGUUGUUGUGACUGGGAUGGGUGUGGUCACUUCCCUUGGUCACGAUCCAGAUACUUUCUACAGCAAUCUUCUUCAGGGGAAGAGUGGUAUCAGUGAAAUCGAAAGCUUUGACUGCAAGGAUUUUCCAACUAGAAUAGCAGGUGAAAUAAAGCCUUUUUCAACAGAUGGUUGGGUUGCACCAAAACUUUCAAAACGAAUGGAUAAAUUUAUGCUUUACAUGCUUACUGCUGGAAAGAAAGCAUUGGCAGAUGGAGGAAUGGAUGAAGAAGUACUCAAAUAUUUGGACAAAUCAAAAUGUGGAGUUUUGAUUGGUUCGGCAUUGGGUGGAAUGAAGGUGUUCAAUGAUGCAGUGGAAGCACUAAGGAUUUCUUACAGGAAAAUGAACCCGUUUUGUGUACCUUUUGCAACAACAAAUAUGGGAUCUGCAAUGAUGGCAAUGGAUCUGGGAUGGAUGGGUCCAAACUAUUCUAUAUCCACUGCUUGUGCAACAAGCAAUUUCUGUCUCAUAGCUGCUGCAAAUCACAUCAUUCGAGGAGAAGCUGAUGUCAUGCUCUCUGGUGGUUCUGAUGCUGCAGUUAUUCCAAUUGGUCUUGGGGGAUUUGUAGCUUGCAGAGCAUUAUCAGAAAGAAACGAUGAUCCCACAAAAGCAUCACGUCCAUGGGAUGCAGAUCGUGAUGGGUUUGUCAUGGGGGAGGGAGCAGGAGUUCUACUUCUCGAGGAACUAGAACAUGCAAAGAAAAGAGGAGCAAACAUAUAUGCUGAGUUCCUUGGGGGAAGUUCUACAUCUGAUGCUUAUCAUAUGACAGAGCCCCAUCCGGAAGGUACAGGUGUCAUCCGAUGCAUAGAAAAGGCUUUACAUCAAGCAGGUGUAAGUAAAGAAAGUGUGAACUACGUGAAUGCUCACGCAACUUCAACUAAAGCUGGCGAUUUGCAAGAGUACAAAGCCUUGAUUCGUUGUUUUGGAAAGAAUCCUGAGCUGAAGGUGAACUCUACAAAAUCUCUGAUUGGACAUUUGCUAGGUGCAGCUGGAGCUGUAGAAGCUGUUGCGACUGUCCAGGCUAUUCGCACAGGGUGGGUUCAUCCUACCAUCAAUCUUGAAAAUCCAGAAAAGGAUGUGGACAUGAACAUUAUUGUUGGACCCCAAAAAGAGAGAUUGAACAUUAAGAUUGCUUUAUCCAAUUCUUUUGGAUUCGGAGGUCACAAUUCCUCUGUGCUUUUUGCUCCUUAUGAAGAAUGCAAUGAGAAUUAGCGAAGUUACCCGUCCCAGUGAUUUACUAUGCUAUGCCCCAAGGUUGAAAUUCUUUGGCCUAGAGCUUAAAUUGCAUUUAAAUUCUUCAAUGGAGAUGCCUCUGCAGUGACUACUAAGAUUUUACAAAUGCCAUCCCUUUCUAGCAUUGACAGGGAACUUACAUCCUUAUGAAAAUUUUGUAUGCUCAAAGGAAAGAUAUAUAUUUAUAUGUAUCAUGCUUAAAAGCAUCAUUGCAGAUAUAUGAAAUACCAUGGGGUGAAUAUGAAAAAAAUAGGGGUAUACAUGGUGACUGUGUUUUGGAGAGAGGAAUAACACUACAGUAGUUGUGAUUCAAAUUGCUCAUUGCUAUGGCUAUUCAAUAUGAUAGAUCAUCUUGACCAGAAGCCAAA